UUUUCUCUCUCUCUCUCAAAAUAAAUAAAUUUUAAAAAGAGUGUAAAAAUAGCAGUUUGCCAUUUUUAAACCUGUGUUUGUAAGCUACAUAAGCCUGCAGUUGAACCACAAUGAAUACAUACUUGUUGAUUAUACUAGAUCACAAAACCAAGAGUUUUCCUGAAUAAUUCAAGUAAAUUAACAUUUCCAAAGGGCCUAUCACGUGCAAGGUACUGUGCUAAUGACAGUGGAAAAUUUUUAAAACUAGUAUUAACAGCACAAGACAUGGUCCCAGUCUCUUGAGAAUUUUUAAAAACAUAUUGAAUGAAACAGGAUUAAUUUUGUAAACAGUGAAAGAAGCAAGUAAGGGGAAAGAAUCUCAUACCCUAAUUAGAAUCGUUAUGUUUGCUGUAGAUGUAGACUGGUAUGAUUCGGGAAAUUUUCAAUUCACUCUUUCUGCAGUGAAAGACUACUUUCCUCACUUUUACCAGGGAUGUGAAUAAAAGGACUAUCUUUGUCAUCACCACCUUAAAAUUGUAAAAGAAAAUAGUACCUUGUCUGUGAAACAGCAAACCAGAUCAAAAGGAUUUUCAGUGUCAGAAAAGCAAAGGAUGUCUUUAAAGUAGGUAAGGAAAAAAAGUUUAUUUGUUUUCUAAUUUCUGGAUUUAAAUAAACAAACUGAAUAUCUUGAAGACAGAAGUCAAAAAAGCACCCCCGUCUCCAGGGCAAAUGCAAAUAAAGAAAACCACAACCACAACCACCAAACACCAACCAGGGUGGUGUUCUUUCUGAGGAUUGGUAGAAACUGUGUUUUUUAAUCUCUGUUUUUAUGCUUGUCCCAAGAUCUUUUAAGGGGUGGGGUGGUGGGGGUGGUGGGGAAGAGGUAGCCACUAUAUAAAAGAAGCUGCCCUGCGAUUUUAAACCUUUAUACAAAAACUUCCUAGGUAAGGAAACUUAAUCGGAUCUGGCAGCUGACCUUAGUGAUGGACCCAGAAGCAACUGCUGUUUAUUUGGAUUAUUUCUAUGCUACAAGCCAAAAUCCUGAUAUUGAGGAGACCCACUCCCGUGUUGCUUACACAUCUGUCUUCCUUCCCAUCUUCUACGCAGUUGUGUUCCUGACGGGAGUGUUGGGGAACCUAGUCCUCAUGAGUGCACUGCAUUUCAAACGGGGCAGCCGAAGACUGAUCGACAUCUUCAUCAUCAACCUGGCUGUGUCUGACUUCAUUUUCCUUGUCACGUUGCCUCUCUGGGUGGAUAAAGAAGCAUCUUUAGGACUGUGGAGGACAGGCUCUUUCCUGUGCAAAGGCAGCUCCUACAUGAUCUCAGUCAACAUGCACUGCAAUGUCUUCUUGCUCACCUGCAUGAGUGUUGACCGCUACCUGGCCAUCAUGCGCCCAGCCGUAUCCAGGAAAUUCAGGAGGAGAGACUGUGCAUAUGGAGUCUGUGCCAGUGUCUGGUUUAUCUCCUGCCUUUUGGGUUUGCCUACUCUUCUGUCCAGGGAGCUCACCCUGAUUGAUGAUAAGCCAUACUGUGCAGAGAGGAGCGCUACUCCAAUCAAACUGACUUGGGCCCUGGUGGCCUUAAUUUUUACCUUCUUUGUCCCUUUGGUGAGCAUUGUGACAUGCUAUUGUUGCAUCACAAGGAAGCUGUAUGCCCAUUACCAACAGUCGGGAAAACAUAACAAAAAGCUGAGGAAAUCCAUAAAGAUCAUCUUUAUUGUUGUGGCAGCCUUUGUCUUCUCCUGGUUGCCCUUCAAUACUUUCAAGCUCCUGGCCAUUGUCUCUGGGUUGCAGCAGGAAGUCUACUUUUCCUCAUCUUUUAUCCAGCUAGGCGUGGAGGUGAGUGGGCCUUUGGCAUUUGCCAACAGCUGUGUCAACCCUUUCAUUUACUAUAUCUUUGACAGUUACAUCCGCCGGGCUAUCUUGCACUGCUUGUUCCCUUGCCUGAAGAACUAUGACUUUGGGAGCAGCACUGAGACAUCAGAUAGUCACCUCCCCAAGGCUCUCUCCAACUUCAUUCAUGUGGAAGAUUCGGCCAGAAGGAGGAAGAGGUCUGUGUCACUCUAAAAGUCACUGUGACAUUUCAAGCUCUGUUAGUAGAUUGGAGAGUUAACUUGUGUCAGCGAUAAAGAAGGAAAAAAAGUAUUGCUGUUGGUAUUCAUAUUCGCAUCACUUCACGAAUACAAGGAAGAGUUUAUUUUUAAAGAGAUGAAUGAAAAGUCCCUGUGUUCAUGGCUAUAAUUAAACCAUAUGCUGUCUUUUUUGUUUUGUUUUGUUUUCCUUUUUUUGUUUUUUUUUUUUUGUUUUGUUUUGUUUUGUUUUGUUUUGUUUAGCUGAAUGGCUUUCUUUUAACUCUGGUCAAUCUAGUUUACCCGGCAAAAUACGACUCCUGUAGACCUUGAACUCUGACAUAAAGGCUGGCUUGGAUCAAUUCCUUUCUUCAUGAUUGUUUAUGUACAUUCAGGCCUUUUCCUCUCUCAAGAACAAUGGUACCUUGACCCACACCGCCCUUCAUAAUGGGCUUCAAUUGGACUACAUCUAAAGGAUUCUGCCCACUUUCAUCUGUCACAGAUCUCUUGUAAUAUUCCUAUGGCAAGAAGAAAAGAUAGAUCCAGUGCCAAAGCUCCCACUAUAGACUGUGUGCCUAUGGGCUCUGCCACCCAAACUGGUAUGAGACACUGAGAUUUGAAUAAAAUUGCUGUUUUGUGGCACAGACUUGGGAAUGGAUUGUCCUAGAACAUAUAUAUUUUGGUGAUCAAGAGCAAGAUUAAGAGGUCUGAGUCCAUAUUUGAAUUCCAGCUCUUCCACUUACUUACCUUUAGGCCCUGUGCCCCAGUUUCUUUAUUUAAUUAUAGAGAAUGAUAUCUACUUUACUGAGUUGCUGUGGAAGGGAAAUUAGUCAAAACAUGGCGAAGCCCCUGGAACAGUGCCUGGCACAGAACAUGUGCUUAAUAAACCUCAGCUGCUAUUUGUAGCAACCACAUCAGUAGCAGUAAAAGCAGCAGUCCUGGGGCUCCUUAGGUGAUCGUUAUAAAAUGGCAGAGUUUUAAAUGCAUUGGGACACUGUGUCAUUGUGCAAAUCCCCGGGUUUCUAAUUUUACAGAUAUGUAAAGCAAAUGUUUCCAUACAUUUGAAUAUGGCUAAGUGAAUCAAAGUGCCCGGGAGAGUCCUUCAAAUAAUACUACAAAGUUUGUAUCCUCUUGUGUUUAGAAAUGCAAAACUUUUUUGAAA